UCGCGGCUUUAGUCUCUCGCGGGUAUACCGGCCGUCGAGACUCGGCCCCUCAUCGCUCCCAGCGGCCGAUGUGCCAAGGCCCUCGACGCAGUGUGUCCGGCUCGUGCCUUUGUUUAUCGGUGUUAUCGGUGUGACUAUAGUGGGCCCUUUCACGUCGACUAAUCGCAUUGAAGCAUGGCGAGCGGCGCAAUAAGUCGAAAAGCCACGAGCCACUCGUACUCGUCAACCUCGGCCAGUAACCUCGAUAACAAUUUAGAUGCACUUUUGGAUGAUCUGCAAACAAGCAUCUCGAAUAACAAUGCGAGCACACCGCAACAUAAUUCCACGAGGAUCAUCGAAACAACGAGCAGGAGAUCCCCCAUGAGGUCAAUAUCUCCCUCGCAGUCGCUAGGCCGGACGAGAACGUUGGAGAAGUACGUGAGUACCGGACCAGCUGGCACACCUUCCGGGAUUCCUGGUCUUGAAAUGCUCGACGCUGAACUUCAGGACGUGCAACCAGGCCAGAGCAAGACCGUCGCCUACAAGCAAAUCUCCUAUCACUACGACAAGAAGCAGGAAGGAAAGGAUCUCGAAUCAUGGAUGAAGACGGACAAGCUAAGCAAGAACGACACGUCCAUCGUUGAUAAUUUUUGUGAAAGAACUUUUGAAAAAUCCGAUUCAUCGACAAAAACCGUUCGCGACAGUCCGGACUUUGCAAAAUCUGGAAAGGAAAUUAUUUAUAAGGCCGACGUUUCGACAAAAACAAUUCCCACAAUAAUCCCAACGACCGAGACAAGAUCAACCGAAAGAGAUUUCAAAUAUAUCAAAGAAACGAGUUUUCAUACAGAGCCAAGCCCAGUGUCACCAAGGAAAAACAUAAAAACCGUUCGUACCGACGAAACCGAGGAAUUAACGAACGUCGAGUACAUUCCCGCAUCGGCUCCAAUCCCUGCGAAUCUCGCUCCGGGUCCCAACACCAAGGUCACCACCACCAUCAAGACCUACACGUACGAGUUGCCAGGGGCACCCGAAACCUACCUCCCAUCCACUAGCAGCACCCUCACGAAAAACGUGAACGUCGACAAGUCCGUAAGCUACACUCUACCGCGGGAGCCCGAGAAGACCGUCACUUAUCAUGUCGAGGAGCAGAAAAGCGGCAUCCGCGACUACGUGUCGGCGACACCGCCCCCGACGACGAGCCGCGUGCAUCGAGAGGAGAAGGUGUACAUGGAGCGUCGGGGCUACCGUGCACCCUCGCCUCCACCCCCCGUGACGACGACGACGACGACGACGACGAGCCGUAACGAGAGGUACCUCCAGCAGACGAACAUCCCAGUAAACCGCGUGCCUUCGCCGGCCGACUAUCCGGAUCAGACGCACAGCAGCAGGACCGAGCGCAGCCAGAGGAUCGUCUAUCAGAGCGAGCCGGCACCACCACCGCCAGUUAUCGAGGGCACCCGCACGACCAUCAAACAGUACGAGGAGCACUUCUCCGGCAGCAGGCCACCCAAGCCUGUCUACUAUCCAGGCAACGAGUCCUCCCAUCACAGCAGCAGCACCACUCACAUCUACAAGUACGACGAGCAACAGUCCCUACUACCUAAGCCCUUCCCCACUAGCGAGAGACCGGCGAGCCCGAGACAGCAGCCACCCAAGCGUAUCGAGGAUCUCAUGGCUUCCUUCUCCGAUUCCGAGGAAGUCGUGGAGGUCGUUGAUAAGAGAGACCGUAAGACGAAGGAGAGUACUCCAAAGAAAGAGGUCGAUUUCGUCCCUCAAACGGUACCCGUUGUCAAAAGCAAAAAUGUCGCCGGACCCCCGGUUUACUAUCCGCCCGGUUCCGCAGAAUUCUCGAAGAAGGAGGAGGCCAUGGGUGCCAUGUCCAAGGCCAGCGGUGGCUGGGCCAAGGAGCGAGCCGCUUGGGAGUACGGAGCAUCGGCGAAAAGCGAAGAGAAAGUGAAAACGAAAAAAGCUGUUGUGCCAGUAUGCUUGCCACUGUGUUGUGCCUUACCUUGUGUCAUUAUGUAAAAUUAAUAUCUUUAUUUAUACGGAGAUCCGUUGUACUUCGAUCAUCGGAAAACGCUUUUACAUUGUCAUUCUAAUCGAACGUCUAUCUCAACUAUCCGU